AUGCCGGUCGUUGUGGACACCAUCCAACCGCUGAGCACCGCCACUACGGUUCCACUCAGCUCGAACCCAAGCCAGCAGGAGCCAGACUCGACGAACACGCAACUGGAGCACGCCGUUGCGCAGAAAGUCGCCGCCGACAUUCGAGCACGCGAGAUUAGCGCGUCGGCCGCCGUGUUGGGGGGUUGCAUGCCCGAGAGUCAUUAUCUAAACGGCCAGGACAAAAUGGUGCAGUUUGCAGGUCUCUACGUUGUUCGCGGCCCCACAGAGUCCAAGCAUGUGCGCUAUACCAUGGACGUUUCCGUCCCCGAGCUGCAACUGCGAGCUCGUUGCAUCCAGCGCUUCCAGAGCUUCUUCCUAUUACGCAAACGUCUGCUUGAGAUCCUCAAGACGUGUCGUGGUCGACUGCCAUCUCGCAAGAGUACGUUGACUGGAGUGGAUGAUGAACCGUCGAUUUCCGCCGGAGCAGAGCUAGUGGAACUAUUGACGCGUCCUCGCUGCAUUCAAUGUCCUGAAUGUGAGUCGACGUACCAGCAACUGGCUGCGGUCAAGUUCCCACGUCGCACUCUGUUCCCUCCGAGUCUCCAGGACGUCCAGGAACGGUCUCAAAUGCUCGAGACGUUCCUCGACUAUUGUGUGCGAAUUGCCUCGGCGUGGCCUGCUUGCCAGCGCAGCAAGCGGUUGUUUGUUGCUACACUGGGCAAGUUUAUCGGUGUGGAUCUGAAGGCUCACCUUGCCAACCAGAAGGAAGUUGGCAUCUCGGACACUCGCACUGUUGUCUGUGUCAACAACGAAGAAGACGAACACAACGACUCGGAGAAGUCGGAGAAGACCGAGUCUUCCAGUGAAGUCGUGUACUUGCCGUCGCCACACGAAGUGGGCGAAAACGUGGAGCCCAGCGACGACUACGAAGAGGAUCGUCACACGGAGCCAAACUUCUCCUUCAUCUCCAAUCCAGCCAAGGACAACGAGGAAGACGCAGGCAUGGUGCGCUCACAGUCACAUCGCUAA